CAUCUUUAAAAGUUUUGACAGUUCAGCAUCGCCUCGAAAAAGCGAAUUCGCGUUAACGCCGCUUUCCAAAAUAAAGCGUAAAAUAUUUUCUUAAAAUUUUAAUUUUACCUCAAAUCUACAAGUUCGAACAACAAGAUGAACGCACCACCAACCUUCGAAUCAUUCCUGUUAUACGAGGGAGAAAAAAAAAUCAUCAAGGAGCUGGACACCAAGGUUCCGAACGCCGCUAUUUUCACCGUCAACAAGGAAGAUCACACCCUCGGUAACAUGAUCCGGCAGCAGCUGCUCAAAGAUCCAAAUGUGCUGUUUGCCGGCUACAAGUUGCCCCAUCCGUUGGAGCACAAAUUCGUGAUCCGGAUUCAGACCACCUCCGAGAGUUCCCCGCAGGAAGCGUUCAUGAAUGCCAUUACCGAUUUGCUGUCGGAGCUGUCGCUGUUCGAAGAACGUUUCAAUGAGGCUUACAAGGAGAAAAAGGAAGGCGCCGAUUAAGGUGUGGAGGUUUUCUUUUCCGUUCUGGAAGUGAAAUUUCGAACGGGUGUUUUGAGUUUAAAAAUGAUUUUCUUCUGUUUUAUUAUUUUACCUAUCUAGUAGCUAUGUAUCAAGAAUCAAAUAAACGGACUACAUUAAAUUAAGCUGUAAAAA